CCUCCACCCAAACCAAACCUCUCUCUCUCUCUCUCUCUCUCUCUGUAUGUAUUUAAUGCAAAGCGGCUACUUCAGGCACAGUGAAUAACCAAACCAAAACGCCCCGGUGAUCAACAGUCAAAAAAAAUGCUCGAGACCGUGAAGUACCUGCUCGGAUCGGCCGGCGCGAGCGGCUACGGCUCAAGGAGCACAGCCGAGCAAGUCACCGAGAGCUCUCCCGAUCUGCGCCACAUCACCGCCAUCAUCACAGGUGCUACUUCAGGGAUCGGCGCCGAGACGGCUCGUGUUUUAGCUAAGCGCCGGGCCAGGCUGGUCCUCCCUGCUCGGAGCCUCAAAGCGGCCGAGGACGCCAAGGCUCGGAUCGUCUCGGAGUUUCCCGACUCGGAGAUCAUCAUCAUGGCGCUUGAUCUUAGCUCUCUCACUUCUGUCAGGAACUUCGUCUCCGAGUUCGAGUCCCUUCAGCUGCCUCUUAAUCUGCUCAUAAACAACGCCGGAAAGUUCGCGCACGAGCACGCGAUUUCCGAAGACGGAAUCGAAAUGACCUUUGCGACUAAUUAUCUAGGUCAUUUUCUGUUGACGAAGCUGCUGCUCAACAAAAUGAUCAGAACGGCGGAGGCUACCGGCGUUCAAGGCCGAAUCGUGAACGUCUCGUCGGCGGUUCACGGCUGGUUUUCGGGCGAUGCCAUCCGAUAUCUCGGCGAGAUAAGCCGAAGUGGAAGCGAUUACGACGAGACACGUGCGUAUGCGCUCUCGAAGCUGGCCAACGUCUUGCACACCAAGGAACUCGCUCGCAGACUCAAGGAAAUGGGCGCCAACGUGACCGUUAACUGUGUCCAUCCAGGAAUCGUUAGGACACGCCUCACCCGAGAACGUGAAGGCCUUGCCACAGAUUUGGCGUUCCUCAUGGCUUCCAAGCUAUUGAAAACAAUACCCCAGGCUGCGGCGACAACAUGUUAUGCCGCGACGCAUCCAAGGCUGGCGGAUGUGUCCGGGAAGUACUUCGCCGACUGCAAUGAAACCUCGCCGUCGAAAUUGGGGUCUAACCUAAGCGAAGCUGCUCGGUUAUGGUCGGCCUCUGAAAUCAUGGUGUCCAAGUCCAAAUCCUGCAAUGCGAUUUUUUAUCCGAGCAGCCAAUUGGAGUACUAAAAGAGUAGAAAACAGGACAUCAUCAUCAACUAUAUAUUAUAGAUAUAAAUAUCAAGAGAGAAACAGAAAAGCAUCUUAAUCAUAUGACUAGUUACUGCUUAAUGGAUGUUUAAUUAGUAGCUAAAUACAGUGGUAGGAAGGAAGAAGGAACAUCGUCCUAAAAUUAUAUAUAUAAUUGUACACGGCUUUGAACAUGUAUAGUACUAGUUUCAGUAGUACGAUAGUGGUAUGGAUUAUAUAUAAUUAAUUAGAUAAAGGAAGGCUUUUGAUGUAUGAAUAUAUUUAUGUGAAGAAUGGUUUUCUUAGUUGGUACCAA